AUGCAGGCGUUACAGGGGGAGCAGGGAGCAGGGAGCGAGGUACAGGGAGCACAAGGGGAGCAGCUGCUGUUUGUCGACACCUUCAGAGCCUUCCAUCCCACCAGGCGUGAGGCGUUCACGUGCUGGUCGGCAGCGAGUGGAGCAGAGGAGUUUAACUAUGGCGUGCGCAUCGACCUCAUUCUUCUGGCAUCAAAGCCGAUCGAUGCGGCUGCAAGGCUCGGACCACUGCCGGCACUGGCGGCUCGGUUCAUGCCGGAGAUAAGGGGCAGGCAGGCCACUCUAGGGGAGGCGUGGAAAAGGGAGGUCCGGCAGGAAGGCAAGGUGGGCGAGAGAGCGAGGGUUGGCGAGGCAGAGACGGUGGGCGAGGCAGGGACGGUGGGCGAGGCAGGGGAAAAUGCGAGCAAUGGGAUAGGUCAGGAGGCCAUGUUUGGAAGAGGGCAUGAGAAUCGGGAUGAGGGAUGGCUUGCUAGAGUGGGCUCUGCUGCUGUGGGCUGCUGCUGCUGCAGUAAGGAUGGAGGCUGUGGAAGCCUGGAGGGUUCGGUUGGCAAGGGCAACCCUGGUGUUCACACCACGACAGCACCUGCUUGGGUUGCAGUGACUUGCAGGUGUGGGGAAUGCACGAACAGCAAGCACAUUGUUGCCACUCCACCUGCUUCCACUCCAUCCGUGGCCGUCGCUGAUGCAGCGGUGAGAGAAGCGGCAGCGGUUGCAGCGACUGCAGCAGCAGCUUGUGAUGGUGAUGGUGGUGGUGGUGGUGGUGGUGGUGGGGAUGGUGAUGGUGGUGUUAGUGUUGAUGUUGGCAGAAGAGCCAGUGGAAGUAGUAUGAGGCAGGGUGGGAGAAAUGGAACAAGACAAAGGGGAGGAGAGGGGAGGGGAGGAGGAAGAAAGGGGCGAGGAGGAGGUGCGGAGCAGAUGCGAUUACAGGCGUUUUUUAGACCAGAGAACAAAAGGCCAGCAGCAGUAGAGGUGGGAGAGGGUGAAAGAUGCAGAGCAAGGGGGGAAGGAGAAGGGCGGGGAACUGAUAGAAGGGUCGCAGGAGGAAGUGUGAGAGGGGAGAGGAGGGAAGUGGUAGUAGCAGCAGCUGUAGGGGAAGUUCAAGGGGUGUGUGCUGCCACAGUGUGGGGAGCAGCGAGAGCAGAGGGAGCAGAGAGAACAGAGGGAGCAGAGAGAACAGAGGGAACAGAGAGAACAGAGGGAGCAGAGAGAACAGAGGGAGCAGAGAGAACAGAGGGAGCAGAGAGAACAGAGGGAGCAGAGAGAAGGGAGGGAGCAGAGAGAACAGAGGGAGCAGAGAGACGGUUGCAAGUAGGGAAUCAAGUUGUUAUGGCUGAUCUCUGCAUAGGCCAGAGGGAAGGCGAGGAGGGUGGAGCGGAUGCGGGAUGGUGUGGGAGGAUCAGUCCCGGGGGAACACAGGCAGCAGCCUCUCAGGACGCUCAGUGCGUAGUAGGUGGGUGGAACAGGGAACGCAGUGGGGAGGAGGGGGCACGUGCACAUGCACAUGCACAUGCACACGGGGGAGCAGCGGCCGCAUGUGAUCGUGACGCAGCAGAAGAAGCAAGGGAGCACGGUUGGAUUCAGCAGCAGCAACAACAACCACGGCAGCAGCAGCAGCAGCAGCAUCAGCGGCGGCAGCAGUGGCAGCGGGUGUUAGCGCGCAUGCAGGCAGGGCCGCCACGGUGUGCGGGGCAUGGCGAGGCAUGUGUGGUGCGCGUGGUGAAGAGACCCGGUGCCAACAAGGGCAGAGGCUUCUACGUCUGUGCUCGAGCCAAGGGCCCCGCGGACAACCCUCAAGCUCGCUGCAACCAUUUCGAAUGGGUUGCCCGUUCCACACCUCCCCGGCGCCUAGCAGCAGCAUCAGUUUCCUCCUCACCCACGCAAUCAUCAGCUAUUCCACUCGGCCAUUUGCCACAGAAGAGACAGCGGCUCGUGCCAUAG